AUGGAGACGCCUUCUUCGACCGCAAGAAGAGUCACAAGAUCACAAGCUAUCGCCAUGUCUGCUUCCAACCCCAUUAACAGUAUUCCAAUUUCAAGAAAGAUAGAGGAUUCCGAGAAGAGCAUGUCGAAAUCAAGACAAAGACAGGGGCAAGUGCAACACCAACCGGAUCGGUGUGCACUGAUCGACAUAUCAAAUGAUUCUCCGAUCGUCGGGCUUGCGAAUGGUGAGAUCGAGACACCGUUGUCGAGUAUUGCGAAACAGCGGGGAAGCCGGAUGAAGAAGACUCCCGGGUCUGGUGAAGCUUUGUUGAGGGGUCAGGUGAAGACCCUUUUGCAGAAAGUUGAAGAAGAAGCUGAGAUUUCAAAACUCACAAUGGAUGGUCGUCCUUUUCUUCAGUUUGUUAACUCUCCAAUGCAUCUUCUUGCUCCAACUCCUGCGAAUACCCCUCAAAUCCCCAAUAUUAACAACACUGUCCCUGGUUUCACAGAGUUCUCACCUUCUUCUGUUGUCCAAGAACAUCUCAUUCCUCAGGUGGUGAAUGACGGAGCUGUUGGAAAGAAUGAAGAGAACAUUGAAUCUGAAAAGAGUGUGGUAAGUCCAGUGCUGUUAGAUUUCUCAGACAAAUCUGAGGUUACAGAAGAUUCUAAGAUGGGGUCAACAGAAGAUGAUGGCGAUUCCAUUUGGUCAAUUCAAGUGAAUGCAAGUACACAUGAUGAUGAUGAUGACGAAGAUGAGGAAAUAACUGAAGUUGAAUAUGAUGAUGUAGAAGAUGAUUACUAUGAAGAUGUUGAUGAUGCGGAAGAGUAUGAUGAUGGAGGGUUGUUGCUUGAUGAACUGUGUGAGGGUUUGAGCAAAAUUGGUGUGAAUGAGAAGGUUGUUCCAAAAUUUGCUGGGAAACAUACUAGGUUUGUGUAUGGUAGUGAUGAUGAUGAUGAGAUUGUUGAAGAGGUUGUUGAAGAUUUUGGUGGCUGUGAUUCUGAGGUUUUGCAUUUGAAAGGGUUGCCUACUCCAAAAGGAAAGCACAUUCGUUUUGAGGGAGAGGAAGAUAACUGA